GUCAGUUUUUCUUUGCAAAAUUGAAUCCGCAGUAGCAAUUAAACCAAUAAUUUGUGUUUUUUCCUGCAAAUUGUGAAGUGAUAAGUGAAAUAGGAUUUGUUUUAGAGUGAAAACUAAACUUUACUAUUAUUAUAUCAUCAACAUUAUUGAAACUUUAUCAAAAACACUAUAGAUGAGCUCCGUGCUACUUUACAAAUAUCUAACUGUAAAAUGGCAAAUUGAAUGAAUCUAUUCAUUCAUGUUUAUAAAUAAAAACUAACACAUUUUACUACAGCUAUGUGGUAUUGUUGAAAAAAUUAUAUUUUAUACAUAUAAUAGUAACAAGGUAGAGAAAUACGUUUCAUUUAUUUAUAUUCAAAUAAUGCGAUGUAUGCUCCAGACCAUCCUAGAAGGAAAGAAGUUAAAGAUGCUAUGUAUCGAAGUAACUCAAGUCUCGACUUGAUAUACGCUGAACAUCCUUCGGGAAACGGGCUCCGACGUGAGUACGGCAGCCAUGGGUCUAUUGAUGUGAUAGGUGGCGCAAACGAACGAUAUAUUCCCACUAUGGUGCAUAAUUACAGCGUAGUAUCAAGUGGUGAUAAACCUUCUAGUGUAUCUAGACUCACAGACAGGUUCUCAGAAAUAUUAACCACUGAUCAUGCUGAUGGCCCAACUCCAAGAGCCAGUGUAAGCCCCAAACCUCGGCUGAAGCUUAAUAAGCUUUGGGGUGGAAAUACACCCAUAGCAACCCGCCAGUGUAAUGAUGAUACUUCAAUGUCAAAUAUUGCUGAAGCCACAAAACGAAAACAAUUUGCACAUUAUGACUGCCAGUCACUUAUGGCCAACUUAAGUUAUGCUGCGGAAAUACGAGGUGCUUUAUUAAGUCGGCGCCGCAAUACAACAACUGGAGCUUCAGCUGCAUCUCUAUUAGCCACACGUGGCCUUCCUUCUGGUGAAGAUACAGUUCCAGAUACAGGAGAUGGCCGCUUUAAUGAGAUGAUUGAAAGUUGUCCUUUCUUUAGGAAUGAACUAGGAGGGGAAGAAGAAAGGUGUGUAUCAUUGUGCCACCGAACUGCUAGAGGUGGUAUACCAGGUCAGUUUGGAGGAUGGCAUCGUCCUAAAGCUGCAUAUGGCUUCUCAGUAUUGGAGUUUCCUCCUGGCCACACCCAUUGGCGUCAUGGUUGCCCUUUCGCUAAAUCCGUAUCACCACUUCCUGUUGAAAGUCAAGAUCUUGGAGCACUGUAUUUUCGAAAUUAUUUCUACACUCAACCUCAUCAGAAUUGGUUUGGUAUGGAUGAGAAUCUUGGUCCUAUUGCGAUAUCAAUCAAAAAGGAAAGAGUAGAACUACGCCGUGGUGGCGGUGAUGCAUCAGCACCGGCGUCCCAGCUCGCUUGGCAAUACCGACUUAUUAUACGUACUUCUGAACUUCUAACGUUAAGAGGAUCCAUACUAGAGGAUGCCUUGCCUACAGUCAAACCCAGUAAUAACAGUGCCACUUAUAAUACUAAGGAAGUUUUGGAAUAUAUUGCUCCGGAACUUCAACUUAAUUCUUUAAGACUUGGACUAACGAACACAGCAACGGAGGAACAGCUCCUCCGUUUAGACGAACAACGGGUCACAAGACACUAUAAAGUCGGUGUUAUGUAUUGCAAGAGCGGUCAAUCGACCGAAGAAGAAAUGUACAACAACCAAGAAGCUGGGCCGGCGUUUGUCGAGUUCCUACAAAUGUUGGGCCAAACGGUCCGUUUAAAGGAUUUCGACAAAUACAAAGCCGGUUUAGACAAUCGAACAGAUUCGACGGGACUCUAUUCCGUGUACACUACGUACCAAGGAUGCGAAAUAAUGUUCCACGUCUCAACCAUGCUGCCAUACACGUCGAAUAACAGGCAACAGCUGUUGAGAAAACGGCAUAUAGGCAACGAUAUAGUAACAAUUGUCUUCCAAGAACCCGGUGCGGCACCAUUCACACCGCGACACAUACGAUCUCAAUUUCAACACGUUUUUGUUGUCGUUCGAGUCAUAGACCCGUGUACAGAGAACACUCAUUAUAGUAUAGCUGUAAGUCGUGCGAAAGAAGUGCCUUUAUUUGGACCGCCUAUUAAGGAUGGUGCGGUCUACCCGAAGGGUGAUGCGUUUACUGAUCUAUUACUGAGUAAGAUAAUUAACGGUGAAAAUGCAGCCAUACAAUCGCCGAAGUUUAGUACAAUGGCGACGCGAACGCGACAAGAGUACCUUAAAGAUUUAGCUAAGAAUUAUGUCACUGCCACCACAGUCGAAACUGGACAGAAAUUUUCUUUAUUUUCUUCUCUUCUAAUGAAAAGCAACAAUUCUAGUAGCAAUAGUACGGUUAUACCGAAAACUGAUGACUGUACCAAUGACGUAUUAGUGGGAGGAGCUUUGUGCUUUCAUGUCCAAGUACAAGACGAAGGAGCGGGCGGUUCAUCAGUUGAUUGUAUUCUAGGCAUCUCCGCUGACUCUCUAGUCUUUGUUGAAGAUCUCUCACGUCAAAUUGUACUUGCAGUACCGACGAAUACAUUACUAGGUUGGGUUAUAAGUGGCGAAUGGACGCGUAUAUACUACCACCGUGGUGAGAGCGUACGCGUACGUAACAGUACGGACGUGUUGCUGCGGCGUCUGAGUAGCGUCGCGCCCCAACACGCGCAUUCACUCAAAGAAAUUACCUUAGAAAGGGGUGCUGCUUCGCAACUCGGUUUCCACGUGCAACCAGACGGCCUAGUAACAGCUGUGGAGGGCGGUGGUCCAGCUGCAAGAGCUGGAGUGAGACGAGGUGCUAGACUACUGGAAGUGUGCCGUGCUGCGGUCGUCGCACUACCCCACGAUCACUUGGUGGACCUACUUAAGACAUCGGAUCCUGUUACUGUGACGUUAACGUUCGCGUCCAGCGGGCGAUGUGAGUGUCAGACUUACGCGGGUGAAGCGUGGGCGCAGCAGCCGGGACGACGACGCCUCACCCACGACCGGCCAGCUUCACCUCCUCGCUCUGACAGCUCCGGAUAUGGCACGGGUGGUUCAGGUCGUAGUGCAGCAUCUCCAGGUGGAGAGGCAGUUCGCAGACGAUCGCAUGAUGACGCAUCACCGAGGCAUCCACGGCGACCGCGUCUCUCUGCUAAUACAUCGUCUCUCACGGAGGAGCUAAUGCGACUUAUGGACGCGGAACUGGGGGACGCAAAAAAUACAGCAUUGGAAAGAAUCGCUUCCAGCGCUGAUAGAGUUGGAUCAAGUGCUGACAGAGUUGGGUCAAGUGCUGAUAGAGUUGGAUCAAGUGCUGAUAGAGUUGGAUCAAGUGUUGAUAGGGUCGGGUCAAGCGCUGAUAGAGUUGGAUCGAGUGCUGAUAGAGUUGGAUCGAGCGCUGAUAGAGUUGGAUCAAGCGCUGAUAGAGUUGUAUCAAGCGCUGAAAGGGUUGUCUCCAGUGGAACAAAUGCGCCCACUCCUCAAGGAGCACCUUUACCGUUGCCCGACGCUUCGGCACUUGACUGGGCUGCACUUGUCCACACUGCGACGCGCGCUAUGUUGCAGAUAUGUGAAGAGCAUCAAUAUCCCUCUUUAGAGAACUCGGAUCCACCUCUGGAGCCUCUGCCCAGCGAGUCACUACGAGAUUGGCCUGAGAGACCAACGAGUGAAAGAACAACGCCUGCUGCGCCAAAUACGAGCACAAUUACGAGUACGGACUCCAGCGCGUGCGCAUGCGGACUCAAAGAGCGCGUCGCAGCACUAGAGGCCGACGCCGUCUGCGCACAAAGACAUCAGCAUCAGCUGGAGGAAGAGGUACGUCGUCUAAGACGGCAUAACGCGCGCUUAAGAGAGGAAUCAGCUCGAGCUGUAUGGCAGUUGAGGCAUUUUACGCAGUGGCUCAAACGGACAGUCGACAAAUAGUAAUGUUAUACGUAUACUCGUACGUACGCGCGUACGUACCAGAUGUAACGAAAAGUACGACAAAUCAAGUAAUGCAAGCCAGUCUUAUUAAAAGUUCUUAUUAGAAUUUAUUUUGCUUAAUUUAAGCUUUUUCCUUAUACAAUAUAAACAUUUUGGCUUUAAAUUUGUAAGUGUUUUUUGAGUAACCGAUAAAUCAAUUAAUAUUUGAUAUUAUUUACAACUUUGCUAGACUUUUGUGUACAUUGCAAUUUAAUACAAAUCUCAUUUUAUAACAAAGUUACCGUCCAUGAUUUUCGAUUAAGUCGAUUUCUAUAGAAUUACUGAAGUACCUUGAAUGUAAGAUUCCGUUGAUAAGUGUUAUGGGCCUAUAAAAUAAGUCAAUUAAUUGUAUUUAUUGCGUCUUAUGCUUAUCUAAAGUUUCACGAUAGUUUAAUUGAUUAGUAGAUCCUAUUUAAUCUAUGUUAUAGGCUAGCUAAUGUUCAUCUAGAUAUUCUCGAUUUCUUAGGUCCGUAUUACGCAUUUAUAUUUUUUUUUAACAUUUUCGACUAAAGCAUCACGCUUUUUACAAGUUUAAAGUAAUGUUCUAAAAUUAAUUUAAUUUUUAUAAAGGAAUAUGGAAUGCAAACUGUCAUCUGUCAAAAUAUGACAGAUAUGAAAGUUUGUACCCUUGUCUAUGAAAUUGAUGGUACAUAGAUUUUGAAAUGAGAAAUACGGGCCUUUGAAAGGGCCAAAUAUGAUCUACGAAAACGAAAUAAUCUAAUUCAUUCAUUAUAGAAAAAUUAUCUUUUUAUUAUUUAAUGUAAUAUCAGAUCUUGAGAUAUUAACUCGAACACUAAGUGGUAGAAGUAUUAUCGUCUUUCGUUUUUGUAGCGUCAUGUACCGCUGCUAAAUUGAAACCCUUUAAAUAUUGCACACAAUUUUUACUCCAUUUUCGUAAAAGACCUCUUUCGAAAGCCAAAAGAUUAAUCAUUCACAUUUGUUUUACUGGCAUAAAGUUAAAACUAUUGCCAUAAUAUUAAAAAAAAAAAUCACAUUUUUGAAAUUGGAAUGGCAUUCCUUUUAAAAAAAAUCGUAUUUGGAAUUAUCUGUUCUGGUUUCGAAAGCGGUCUUGUUGCAUUAUAGACUGUUGCGUAAAAUAAGUUAAUAUGUAAAGUGAUACAUGGUAUUUCCAAAGAAUAAUUUCUUAUGAACGACGAGUAUAAUCGCGCUGUAUCUUAUGAAUUUUGUGCCUUUCUUCAGCUUCUAGGGAAGCUAUUACGUUGGCGACCUUAUAACUGUUAAUUAUAGAUUAGUAGUAGGUAUUUGUUAUUGCCUAUAGUUUUCAUAUACGAUGUUCACUAUAAGUUAACGGUUCGUUAAACGGCGUCAACGCCUGGGUUCUAUAACUACUUUGUUCAUAGAGGUCAUCUCGUAAAAUGAUUUUCAAAUAUUCGUGUUGGCUGAUUUAUCCGCUUAAGAUUUGGAAUUAAGUACGAAAACUCAAUAAAUUUAUCAAAAAUCAAAUCGCUUCAAUUUAAGGUGUUUACGUAAGCUGCUACUAAUAGAAUAUAGAAACCGUGUUUAAAGGGAUUAACGGACCGUUUAAAAGCGGAGGUUAAAAUGUGAAGAUAUUAUGUUACGAAUUACUGUUAUGAAUUAUAGUGUGUUAAACAUAUUUGUAAUGUCGCUUUGAACUUUUUUGUGACGCACUGUAUAUUGUUUAUGACGCACAUUUGUUUUUUGGAAAAUUUACACGUAUAUUGUUCGCUUAUAAGAUAAUAAAAAUCUUUUUGA